AUGGAGGACCCAGCAGAGCUUUGGAAGCCAAAGCAGCCACCGUUUAGUUUGCCUAUGGUGAGGAGAUUUCUUGCAGUGGCAUGGCUUUGUUUCAUCCUUACAAUAGCUAUAGCAGGAUACAGCUCAAGUCUCCUCACCAUUUUACGCCAACAAGCUCAAGAUUCUGACGAUAGAUCUUGGCACCGAAACUGGGAUAAAGUUGGUAUAGCAUCAUCAGUACUGGUGCAUAUACUUCUAGUUCUAGCGUUCUUGUUCUUGUCGCUGGGUCUAGUUGCCUACGUUGGAGCGAUUGGAUGGGUCGGGGUUGGGUUUUCAAGCCUUGCCGGUACUUUCGUUAUCGGGCUAUCCAUCUUCCAAUGUCGGUGA